AUGGAGAAUGCGACGUUGAUAACUCGUCAAAUGUUGCCUAGCCUUAUCUGUAUUGUCGCCUUUGCGAAAAUAUCAACUGCUCAUAUCGAUACAAAGCACCCGGCCAAUUUAUUCAACGAGAACGCACCGCUCUACGUAAAUGGCCCACAGGUGAACUUCGAGGAAUUAGAACAACUAACAAUGCCCCACUCCGAGCAGACAAACGUGGAGGCGCCUGACUUGGUGGCAAAGAUAACGCUGUUGAUCGAUACGCAGCUCCACAUCCCGUGA